AUGUCGAUUGGUGACGACAGCGAUGACGAAGAUGACGACUGGAUACUCGACAGCGGUUCCAGCCGCCACCUUAUGAACGACACAUCCCUGCUGCGCGACGCGAGGGACUGCGAUCAAGAGUGCCACUUGGCAGAUGGGGAGACCACCAAGUUAACGCAAGUCGGAAGCGUCGUGCUGACUGUGCUCGCGAGAGGGCAGCAGCAAGAUGUGACGCUGACGGACGUGUAG